GCAUGAGGGGCUGGAGAGGGCGGAUCAGAUGUCAGAUCCCUGACUGUAAUAGCAGUCGCGCCUGGAGAUUCCCACAGACUCCGUCGGAAGCAUUCUUACGACUUAAUAACACAGCUACACUGACAGACGAGACCGAGACAGCAGAAAAUAGGGUGAGAGAGAGAGAGCUGCUGGUAUUUCAAACUAGAUGGGAGAGGGCUCGAGCGCAGGAGGGCGGGCACCGACUCAGACCUGUGUAUUUUUGACACACUCAUAUAGGAACAUGGCCAUGAGCAGGAUUGGGAUACAGCUGCAGUUUCUGCUGUACUCGGUGUCAGCCUACCUUUCACCGUACAAUCUGGAAAAUAUCCUCCCGCUUCCUACAGACCGGGAUACAAAUUAUAUCUUGAAAAGAUUUGAACCUUGUUGUCUGCUGACCCCGCCUCCCCCUCCUUUGUUCCCGCCCCCUCCUGGUAUCUGGAAAAGAGAGCCUACCUUGCCUAGUCGUGUGGAGGGGACGAGAGUAAGAGAGGAGGAUGGGGAGCAGGUGAAGGAACUCUGUGUGGCGGGACCAGCAGGACCUCCUGGACCUGUUGGACCACAGGGUCGCAGUGGCAUCCCAGGGAUGGAAGGACCCAAAGGCGAUAAGGGUGACAUCGGAAGACCAGGGUCAAAGGGUCGUACUGGGCGUCCGGGUCUGCCUGGGAAACCAGGUUCUGCAGGGCUGCCCGGCCCAGAGGGACCUAAGGGAGAGAAAGGAGACCCGGGGCUGAUGGGAAUGCCAGGAAUGAGGGGACCACCUGGACCUAAAGCCUUGCCAGGCCAUAAGGGUGAGAAGGGAGCACGGGGGGAUUCUGGACCUGCAGGUCCAAAAGGAGACAAGGGAGUGAAUGGACUGCCUGGGAUGCUGGGACAGAAGGGUGAAAUGGGACCCAAGGGUGAGCCUGGCGUCCCAGGGAAACGUGGCCCUACAGGACGACCAGGCAAGAGAGGCAAACAGGGGCCUGAUGGAGACAGAGGUUUUCCAGGGCCAGUGGGUCCCACUGGUCCACCUGGACCCAGGGGCCACCCAGGACCUCCUGGAGUACCUGCAUCAGGGCUGUUUGUAGUUGGAGAAAAAGGUGAGAAGGGAUUGCCCGGUCCUCCUGGAGUUUGCGACUGCAGCUUCCCUGCUCUCAGUCCACCCAGUGCCCUGUUACAACACCGUAACAAAUAUGACAAAGUUCCAGCGAUAUUCGUUGUGGGAAGCGAGGAAGAGCUAAAAGGUCUCCAGGAAGAUAAUGCACUCGCCUUCAGGAAGGAUCAGAGGUCUCUUUACUUCAGAGAUGUAAAUGGAUGGGAGCCCAUUCAGCUGAUGCUGCUCCAGGCAACCGAGAGGUUGAGGGAUGGGAAUGGAGUCUGUGGUGAUGGAGAGGUGCAGGAACUCAAUGGGGAAGAAUGUGAUGACGGAAACAAGGUUGUUACGGAUGACUGCGUAGGCUGUAAAAAGGCGUACUGCGGUGAUGGAUAUCGUAAUGAGGGUGUGGAGGAGUGUGACGGGAAAGACUUCGGCUACCAGACCUGCAAAUCAUAUCUGCCCGGCACCUUCGGGCAGCUCAGGUGCACCGACUCCUGUUUCAUCGACUCAACCGGCUGUAAAUACAGCACCUGAGGCCUACAAAAGUCACACUUUCACACUGACACACACACAAACACACAGAUAUAUGGGAGAGCCUGCUGAGAUCAAAAGUAUUUAGCAGAUGAUCUGAGAGGAUUUGGCUGUUUCUGUCUCCAUCACCUCCCUAGACACACACACGUUAUAAGGUUCAACUCAGCGGGUACGGUACUAUUUGCAGUACCGCUUGUUGAUGCUGCUAGUAUGUUUUGAAUGGCAGCUGAGCUGGUGGAUGAAUGUUUUAGGAGCUGUGUAAUGAAAAGACAUUAUGAUUUAAAUGAAUGUAUAAUAUGUUUAUAUGAAACUUAUUUAUUUGUUUGUUGGUAUUGCAAAUGCAUGAUUAGCUCUGUGCAUGUUUCUGUAUGUGUAUCAUGAUCUUGUUCCCAAGAGACUUAAGCAGUAUUUUGCUGGUAUGUGCCUUGUAAAGCAUGUAUUGUAUUUAUUUAUUUUUUAUUUAUUUAUUGAACUAAACUUUUAUGAAAAGAUACCUAAUAAUUCUCUGCUUGAUCAUUUUUCACAGAAGCAAGUAUGUCUUGUAAUGUUUAUUUAGGUUAAAUGAUGAUUUAUCCAGUCAGAGCAAUAAACUGCAAGCAUGUCCAGUG